AUGUAUGAAGAGUUUAAAGACGGUAUGAUAGCAAAAGAACAAUCUAAAUUAUUGGAAUUGCUGAUUAAAGACAGAAAUGAAUCACUCGCUUUUCUACUUCGUUACACCUUGUAUUCAACUUUUCCACCAAAGUUUGAUAUUUUAUACGAAAUUAUUUUGGCACGCCCAUAUUUCGAGUUGAAAAAAAUUAUUGAACAUUAUGAUAUAAUUACGGGUUCAAGAUUGGAAACAGUUUUAUUUGAUAAAAAAGAGUCUGCUGAACAUGAUAAUGUGAAUGUUGAGAUUUGGAAUAUUUUAUUUAAGCGAGUCGAGUCUGUUGAGAAAAAUACAACUUUGGACGCACAUGAAUUUAAGGAGGUAGGUAAUUCAAAGUUAGGGAAGAAUAGCAUGAGGUGACACUCUCUCUCUGUAUCUCUGUCUCUCUCUGUCUCUCUCUCUGUCUCAUUUUCUCUAUCUCUGUCUCUCUGUCUCUCUCUCUCUCUCUCUCUGUUUCUCUCUCUCUGUUUCUCUCUCUGUCUUUGUCUCUCUCUCUAUGUCUCUCUCUCUCUCUGCCUCUCUCUCUAUCUCUCUGUCUCUCUAUCGCUCUGUCACUCUCUCUCCAUCCCUCUCCAAAACACUGC